UUGGUGGAAGGAGAGGAUUGUACUAAAGAUUCUUGGGAACGAAAUGUUUCGCUUCUCGGGUUCACGUUCUUUUCAUUCAUUUUAUUCUCGUGCUACUGCUGUGUGCUGGGCACCUGCUGCGUGUCCAUCUGCAUCCUAGGCAGUGGAGCAAGGAGGAUAGGACGUGCAAGACAGUAUGGCUCUGGGUUCAGGGGACGCAGGUCCUGCUGUGAAUAUAAUGGUGAUGGAGCAAGCGUGAUUGCUGCAUCUGUCAUGCUGCUCUAAGGGAGACCGAGGCAGAAGGACUGCUGUGAGUUCGAGACCUGCCUCAGCUACGUAGACACACUGUCUUUCACAAUAAAAACGACCAAACAAAACAGCAAGAACAGGCGUGAGCUUGAAAACAGGGAGGUAGGACGAUUCCAUACCAGUUUGGGCUGUGUUACCAGACCCAGCCUCAAAAACAGCAGUGGUUUGUUUGUUGGAAGAGUCUGGAGGAUCAGGAAUUCAAGUACAGCUUUAGCUACAAAGCAAAUUAGGAAACAGUCAGGUCUACAUGAAGCUCUAUCUUAUAAACAAAAAUGGAGGAAGUAAUUGUGAGAGAGGAGAUGCUUGAACCAGGCAGUUUUUAUUUACUUUUUAAAAAUUAUUUUAUUUACUUAUUUAUUUGAGACUGAGUCUCACUGGAAUUCACAGCGGUUCAUCACUUCUGCCUCUGGUGUGCUGAGAUUAGAGAUGGCUUCCAAGCGCAUCACACAGGAAACCUUCGAUGCUGCAGUGCGGGAGAACAUUGAAGAGUUUGAGAUGGGCGCUGAGGAGGCCGUUCGAGAGGCGGUGGAGCAGUUUGAAUCACAAGGGGUUGAUCUGAGCAGCAUUGUGAAGGCAGCACCGAAAGCGUCUGUGGACAGCCUCCAGGAGCCCACACAUGAUGUCCUGCAGGUCCUCAGCGAUCUGCAGGAGUCCCUGAAUGGUUCUCGGCCCCAGGAGGUGUCAGCCCACCUUGUCCGCUUCUGCGACCAGUGCAGGCAGCAGAAGGCCAGCCGCUACCUGGCAGCCCAGAAGGGGGCCUACCCUAUCCUCCUGGCUGCCUGGCAACUUGCCGCCACAAGCGACCAGGGCCUUCUGCUCCAGGCUCUCAAUGCUCUGGCGGUGCUGACUGAUGGCCAGCCUGACCUUCUGGAUGCUCAGGGCCAGCAGCUGCUGGUGGCCACGCUGGCACAGAAUGUUUCCAACACUGAACUCACUUCUUGUGGGAUCCGCUGUGUGCGCCAUGCCUGCCUGAAGCAUGAACGGAAUCGACAGAGUCUGGUGAAAGCCGGAGUGUUGCCCCUGCUAACCGCUGCUAUCACACAGCAUGGCCAGCACGCCGAUGUGGUCAGGGAGGCCUGCUGGGCCUUGCGGGUCAUGACUUUCGAUGAUGACAUCCGAGUACCCUUUGGCCAUGCCCAUGAGCAUGCAAAGAUGAUUGUUCAAGAGAACAGAGGCCUGAAAGUGCUGAUUGAGGCUGCCAGAGCGUUCCCUGACAACCCGGGAGUCCUGAGCGAACUCUUCAGCACCCUGUCCCGUCUGGCUGUGCGGAAUGAAUUCUGCCAGGAGGUCAUCGACCUUGGAGGCCUUGGCAUCCUUGUGACCCUGCUGACUGACUGCAGUGAUCACCAGGACCUCGUGAAACAAGUGCUCAGUGCCCUGAGAGCUAUCGCGGGCAACGACAAUGUGAAGGACGCCAUUGUCCAGGCAGGCGCUACAGAGUCCAUUGUGGCUGCCAUGACUCGGCACCUGGCCAGCCCCCAGGUGUGUGAGCAAAGCUGCGCAGCACUCUGCGUGCUGGCCCUACGCAAGCCUGAGAACAGCCGUGUCAUUGUGGAGGGUGGAGGAGCACUGGCAGCCCUGCAGGCCAUGAAAGCACACCCACAGGAGGCCGGUGUCCAGAAGCAGGCUUGUAUGCUGAUCCGAAACCUGGUGUCCCGCAGCCAGGUCUUCUCCAAGCCCAUCCUGGACCUGGGGGCAGAGGAGCUCAUUUCGCAAGCCCGAGCUGCCCACCCAGACUGUGAGGAUGUAGCCAAGGCCGCAUUACGAGACCUGGGCUGCCGCGUGGAGCUUCGUGAACUGUGGACAGGAAAGAGGGGUGACCUGGCACCAUGACCCCAGCUCAGCGAGGUCACCAAACCCCAGGACAUGUGAGCUCUGUGCCCAUGCCACCCAGAGCAAAAGUGUGUUCAGCAGGUCAGUGGUGAGGGAAGGACAGAAGCCGCCUUUGGGUCCUGUGUCCCCACAGGCAACAGUGAUGACCUAAGGACCCACCCCUUCCAGUGCCCUUUCUCGCCCACAGUUUUGCUCAGCAAUUCUGGGGCAAAGGGCACAUGGAACUGCAGCAUUCUGUUGGAGUUUGGGGACCCUGCAAGCUGGUGUCUGACUGGGCUCCAAUCUGUUGAUAACGCUGCUCCUUGGUCAGGCUCCAUGGGAGAUGUGCUUCUGCCAGAGCCGGUUCCCCAAGAUCCAAUGGUGGGGGAGGGAAGUGACUGGUGCACUGUUGUCCUCUGACCUCCGUAUGUGCCCUAGGGUGUGCACACGCGCAUCAUAAUAAUAAAUGAGUGUGAUUUAGAA